UAUAUUUAAAUUUUUAGUCUUAGCAGUUUACAGUUUGCUUAAGUUUGCUUCAAUAAACUUUUGAAACCUAUGAAAAUUAGGUAAAAUUUUUUUUACAAUGAGCUCUGAUUUUAAAAUAUAUAAUGCAACAGAGUUGUGGCAAAUUGAAACCAGCGUACCUUCUAUACCUACAUUUAGUCAAAAUCUUGAUAAGGCUCUUGGUAAUGAUGGAAUACAAUUGGGUUCUCUGACAGAACUUUUAGGCCUACCGGGUUCCGGGAAAACGCAACUAUGUUUACAACUAUGUGCUUCUGUGCAAGUACCUAAAGUUCUAGGUGGACUCAAUUCAGAAGCUCUUUAUAUAGACACCAACUCAAACUUUACAUUCAAUAGAUUUAAAGAAAUAUUAUUUUCUAGCUUAGCAAAAUGUCAAAGGAUAAUGGAUUCCUCGAUACUAAUAAGAGAAGAAAAAGCCUUAAAGAAAUUUCAUUAUGUCAAGGCAAUUGGUCUUGAAAAGUUUUGUGCAUUUUUAUACCAACUACCUAAUUUUAUAAGGGAUAAGCCAAAUGUGAAACUCAUAGUCAUAGAUUCAAUAGCAUUUCCAUUUAAAGACGGCAUUUCCAUGAAGCAGAGAACAGGAUUGCUUUUUAGAUUGAUGGCAGAUUUACAAAAGUUGACUUUAAAAAAUCAAAUUGCUGUGGUUUUAACAAACGAAAUGACCACCAGAAUUGGUCUGUCAACAGGAGCAAUAGUUGGUUCUUUAGGAGACACUUGGUCGCAUCGUUGUAACAUGCGAAUCCUUCUUUCCGCUCCAGAGCCCCUAGAGAAUAUAAGAUUAGCUGCGAUUCUUAAAAGUAAUAUUGUUGCAGAAGGCGUUGCAAAGUUUCAGAUAACACACGAGGGAAUUCGGGACGUUCAAUAAAAUACGAUUGAAACAUACAUAGUUUUAUUAAUAAUGUAUUUAUGUAUAUAUAUAAUACACCGUAAACAAAACUACAGCACCAAUAAAUAUCUCAUUUUCACAAAAAUAUCAAGCUUUUUAUUUCUACACAUCUCAACAGUUAUAUAAAGGCAGUUUCAUAUCGGAACUUAGCUUUUUAUGUGCAAUACAAACAUUCAGUACAUUGAAGUCUUAUUAUGCUUUUUCUUAAGAAACAAUAGUGAGUAACACCCUUUUGUAGUCUCCUUUCGUAUCAUCCUGCAAAAUAUUACAUUUGUUUCUGUAAUAGAACUAUUCGAUAACAUGCAUUUUUU